UUUGCCAGUCCUUUCUAGGGCUUAGGAGAAUGUCAACAUGCUUCCCAACCUGAAUUUGUCACAAUGACUACCAGAAGAAAAGGAAGAUCUAUGACAUCCCCGGAGAGUUACUUGCUGCUUACUUCUCUUAAGCCCUGCAGGCACUGAAGGGCUGUCUGUCCAGUUCCUGUUUUCACCGGACACCUGCAGUCAACCUCUUAUGCACUCCAGCACCCCCAUCAGCUCUCUCUUCUCCUUCACCAGUCCAGCAGUGAAGAGACUGCUAGGCUGGAAGCAAGGAGAUGAAGAGGAAAAGUGGGCAGAGAAGGCAGUAGACUCUUUAGUGAAGAAGCUAAAGAAGAAGAAAGGAGCCAUGGAUGAGCUGGAGAGGGCUCUCAGCUGUCCAGGGCAGCCCAGCAAAUGUGUUACGAUUCCUCGAUCCUUGGACGGGCGGCUGCAGGUGUCCCACCGCAAGGGUUUGCCUCACGUUAUUUAUUGCCGAGUGUGGCGUUGGCCUGAUCUGCAAUCUCACCAUGAGCUGAAGCCCCUGGAAUGCUGUGAGUUCCCAUUUGGCUCCAAGCAGAAAGAGGUGUGCAUUAACCCCUAUCACUACUGCCGUGUGGAGACAUCAGUGCUGCCGCCUGUAUUGGUGCCAAGACACAGCGAAUAUAACCCCCAGCUGAGCCUUCUGGCCAAGUUCCGCAGUGCCUCCCUCCACAGUGAGCCACUCAUGCCGCACAACGCCACCUAUCCUGACUCUUUCCAGCAGCCUCCAUGCUCUGCAUUCCCUCCCUCAUCAGGGCAAGCAUUCUCACAGUCCCUGUGCACAGCCAGCUACCCUCACUCCCCAGGAAGCCCUUCAGAGCCAGAAAGCCCCUAUCAACACUCAGACUUUCGGCCAGUUUGCUAUGAGGAACCCCAGCACUGGUGCUCAGUUGCCUACUAUGAACUGAACAAUCGAAUUGGUGUGCAUUUAUAUUAUGUCGGGGGAGAGGUCUAUGCUGAGUGUGUGAGCGACAGCAGCAUCUUUGUCCAGAGCCGGAACUGCAACUAUCAGCACGGUUUCCACCCAGCCACUGUCUGCAAGAUCCCCAGUGGUUGUAGCCUCAAGAUCUUCAGCAACCAGCUCUUUGCUCAGCUACUUGCUCAGUCAGUCCACCAUGGAUUUGAAGUCGUCUAUGAGUUAACUAAGAUGUGCACUAUCCGGAUGAGUUUCGUUAAGGGUUGGGGAGCUGAGUACCAUCGCCAGGAUGUCACGAGCACACCUUGCUGGAUUGAGAUUCAUCUUCACGGGCCACUGCAGUGGUUGGACAAAGUUCUGACUCAAAUGGGCUCUCCACAUAACCCGAUUUCUUCAGUGUCUUAAUAGUUAGGUCUUAAUCCCCAUUUUUAUAGAACAGAUGCGGUUGCAGGCAGUGGCUUAUAUCAUUUCAGAUUUGCAACUAAAGUGUCUAAGUAUAUGUGUAAAUACAUAUAUACUGUUCAUCUAUUUUAUCACCAUUUGUUUUCUGCUUUCUAGUUAAGCUGAUGCCAUUAGAAAAGCAGGUUUUUUGCGCCUAUGAUGUAAGAAGCAGCAGCUUUAUUUGUGGGAGGAAACAAAGAAAGGCAACUCUGUCAAUAGUAUUUAAAGGGUGUUGGCAGAAUAAAAGGCAGCUUUAGUCAGCCAUGUCAAUAUAAGGCAGGUUGUGUGGCCUACCAGAAAAAUACUAAAACUGUUUAUAUAGCAAAAGUCAGGUACUAGCAGCACUAGAGUAAAUAAUGCUUUUAGACAAAAUGUAGCAAUCAAACUCAUUUAAUUUAAAUGAUUUCACUUUUAGUACUAUUGGCAAGAAAAAAUAUCAAGUUUAUAUAAUCAAUUAUGUAAGAUAAGACACAUAAACUUUAUUUCUGAAGUUGAAAUACUUAUACCUGGACAAUUGUGCUCAUAUUAAGGGUUCAUUUUAAACAAAUUUAAAAUGUGAUUGGAAAAAAAACUGUGAAGCUGAAGUCAUGUUCCCUCAUAAUCUACGACUGUAAAAAAGCAAUGAGUCUAAUAUGGCAAGAUAAAUAUGAAAAUAGCAUGAAAUGAGCUAUAUUCCCAAACUGUAAGACCAGAACUUAGUCCCAGAAUCACCCAAGGAGAUUCUUGCUUUCCACAUAGGAAAUGAGGCUCAUGAUUUGCUGGCUGUUCAUGCAGGCAGUCCUGCAGACUUUUGAGUCUGCACAGGGAGCUCUAAGACCACGUGUGUAGGUCCUGUAGGAAGAAGAAGCAGGUAAUAACAGGAGGGUUGGACAAAAGCAUCAUAUGUUUACUUACACCUUCUCACAUUCCCACAUUAAAAGUCUCUGGGCGAUGGCCCUCCUUUUGCCUUAUUUACCUCACCUGUUGGCAAAUAUUAACUAUUUAUAGGUUACUAAAACAAUGGUGAAGAUUUUUGAGAAAAUCAAGACACAUUACUGAGAUCAAUUUAUGAGUUAUUUUACUUAGUGUCUCUAUUGAAUAAAUUAUCUACUGGUCAAAUCUGGUAGGCUCUUAUAAAGCUAAAUUCUCACACCUGGAAAUAACUUCCCAAGUAAAGUGAUAAUAAUUUCAUAAUCUCUACAAUUUCUGGGGAACAGUAGUAUUGAAUAAUAGGACAUUUAAAAAACACACAAUAUUAAAAACCUGUUCUUAUUUACCCUUGGAUAAUAAAGAGGAAAAUCCCCCAAAUUUCUAGGUACUCUUAUAUAUGUAAAUAUAAGUCCCACCCACUAAACACUGCAUUCCUUGAAAAAAUAUAUCACACCCUCUUAAAAAUGUAUAAUUUAAGAAGGCAAUUAUGCUUGUAACAGAUGGUACUUCAGUAAUCCAAGAGGUUUCUUCAUUUAUACAUUCUAUCUCAACUCUUUGUAGCUUAGUGAACACAGUAGUUAUUUCUCAUUAAAUUAUAUUCAAGGUAGAAAUGAUGAUGUGAAAAAGAUGAGUGAGUUACUACUGUCACCUCUUAUGACUAGUGUUAUAUAAUAGAAACUUUCAUAUAUACAAUAGAAAAUAAAUAUUACAUUUUACAUGAAGACUAGGUAACCCAUUUAGUGUAGUUCAUUGUUCAUCAACUAUGUAUUGUGCACCUGUAUGUGCCAGGUACAAUGUUAGGUGCUGUAGAAUCAAAUGUAAACAAGAGACAGCCCAGCCCUUGGGUUGAGAGUCUAAUAUUAUAUCUGUUUGUGUACACAUCCUCAUAUUCCAGAACUUGCAAAACAAAACAGAACAUACCAUCUUCCUUAGCUUAAAAAAUGUAUUGGUUUCUUAAUUAUCUCUUUUGAAUAAUUUCCCUUCUCUUCUGAUCAUUUAGGUAAUGGAUGAAGGCUUCCUUGGGUAAAUGCUAUUUUUCUUCUGUCUAAAAAAGAAGGUUUUCUCCUCCUGUUCCUUUUAUUUUCUAAUAAUUUUCCAUCUCCCCUUUUCCCUGGAAAGGGCAUUAAUAUGGCUGGUGAAUCUUUCUCAUACGAGUAUCAUUCCAUGAGAGAACAGCAAGUACACCACGUGGUUUUUGAUCCAGAGAUCAAACAUAGCUUUCCUUCUUUUUUAAAAAAAAUCUUUAUUGUUCAGAUUAUUACAGUUGUUCC